AUGUACAUCAACCCAACCAUGGCCACGUAUCUCAUUACCGGCUCCUCACGCGGGCUCGGACUAGCCCUAGUAUCUCGCCUAGCCUCACUCCCAUCUUCUGAUGUCGGUGCUGUCAUCGCCACGUCUCGCCAGGACAAUUCGCCCCGUCUCCGGGAGUUGAUUAACGGCUCAUCUGGUCGAGUGGGGUUCGUUCCUAUGGACGUGACGGAUGCGAAAAGCAUCCAGGAAGCGGUUGAGAAUGUCAAAGACCGACUUUCUGAAAGGGGACUGGAUGUUUUGAUCAACAAUGCGGGCGUGAUGCCGGUUACUAAGAGUGGAUUGGAAGCGAUGGACAACUUGAAUGAUACAUUCAAUACGAACGUUACCGGUGUCCAUCAAGUAACCUCAGCGUUUCUCCCUCUUUUGCGACAAGGGGAGAGGAAGGUUGUUGCUAACAUAUCAACGACUUUGGGCUCGAUGAACAUGUCGUCAACAUUCUCAUCAAUGCCCGUUCCAGCAUACAAAAUCACCAAAGCAGCGUUGAACAUGCUGACAGUACAAUACGCCCACGCCUACGCUAAAGAGGGUUUCGCCUUUCUAUCCCUGAGUCCGGGCUGGCUCCAAACGGACCUGGGCGGUUCUCGCGCGGAUCUUCCCCCAGAAACCGGCGCAGAGGCAGUUGUUGACAUGGUGAGAAAUAUAACGACAGAACAGAAUGGGAAGUUCCUGAAUAUCCAUGUGCCUGGCUGGGAGGAGAAUCCGGGGUUUAAUCAGUAUGAUGGAAAGGAGGUGCCAUGGUAG